AUGCUCUCACCAUCGCCCUUGAACCCCUCGGUUCCUUCGGCGUCACUCCUGCGAUUUCUGCGCGCCCAGUCCGAAUCGGCCCUCUUUUCGAAAAACCAGCCAUCGGCAUGCCGCCGUGUUUCUACUAAGCUACCUUCUUGCUCGUCUACGCCGUUACCAGUGAGGCGACCUUCUGGAAGAACGCAUGUCGAAGUUAGUCCGCUCCAGACGCGCUUCUUCUCUGGAGUGAACCCCCCGUCAAGAAACCGUACCUCUUUAAAAUGCGCCACAUCUGUUCCUCCGUCGUCGCCGUCUGGCGCGUUCGAGCCCCUCUCGAGAUCGCCACAAACUCGUAACUUCUCGUCGACUAGAAACCGAUCUAUUCUUCGCAGAUUCUGGGAUUUCAGACGCAAGAAGCCAGCUGCGGAAACGCGCAAACCGCCUUCGUUGCUUGACGAUACAGAUGGGGGACUGAGCCUUGCGCGAGCUCUCGCAGCAAAGGCGUCGAAUGAACUCCGCCUUCGGUGCACAGAGUUUGAUAUGAAUGGGAAUGUGACUUUGAUGAACGGCGAGUUCAAGAAAAGCGAGCUGAUUGCCAGGUAUGGCCUUCUCCCGCGUGAUCUUCGGAAGAUCGAUUCGUCCACAUUACCUCAUAUCUUUGUGCGACCGAGUACUAUCCUGAUCAACUUACUUCAUCUCCGUGUGCUCAUUAAGGCUGACCGCGUUCUGGUCUUUGACGCAUAUGGCUCAACGGAUUCAUACAUGCAGUCCCUGUUUGUUUAUGAUUUGGAGGGAAAACUGCGACAGAAGCAGGCUCAGGGUGCCGGUGCCCUGCCUUAUGAGUUUCGGGCCAUCGAAGCCGUUUUAAUCAGUGUCACUACUGGCCUAGAGGAAGAAUUUAACGGGGUCCGGGAGCCAGUCGUGCGUGUCCUACGAGCUUUGGAAGAGGAUAUUGACCGGGACAAACUCCGUCAUCUCCUCAUUUAUUCAAAGAAACUGGGUACAUUCGAGCAAAAAGCACGGCUUGUUCGAGAUGCUAUCGAUGAUCUACUCGAGGCGGACGACGAUCUUGCCUCGAUGUACCUGAGUGAGAGAUCAGAAGGUGUUCAUCGCAAGGAGCACGAUCACCAGGAAGUCGAGAUGCUCUUGGAGUCGUACCACAAAGUAUGUGAUGAAAUUGUGCAGGCUAGCGGGAACUUGGUGACGAACAUCCGCAACACGGAAGAAGUUGUCAAAGCAAUCCUCGACGCCAACCGCAAUUCCCUAAUGCUUCUGGAUCUAAAAUUUAGUAUCGGCACUCUCGGUCUUGCGACAGGAACUCUUUUCUCCGCGCUGUACGGGAUGAACUUGAAGAACUUCAUCGAAGAAUCCGACCUCGGUUUCGGCGCCGUAUCCGUGACCUGCUUCGCUAUCUCUGCCAUUGUAUGCGUCUAUGGUCUCGCAAAGCUGCGCAAGCUGCAACGCGUCCGUAUGUGGGGUGAAUCUGGCGUCGGCGGAACCCCAAUAUUUCCUCUCCACUCUCACAGCACCUUGGCAAGCCAUAGGGCGAAUUGGCGAGCCGAUUCCAUCGAGCCUGUUUGGAAUAGCCUUCCCGGCGAGGGAAGGGCGGAACGCAUGAAGCGCAUCAAAGAUAGUGCGGCUGCUGUGGCGGCCGCGCGGUCCGCUGCCUCUAAUGCUACCAAUAGCAGAUCUGCUUCGCUGAAGCGCGCGAUUAGGUUCCCUUCUGGCUCUGCUUCCAGCUCUACAUCGAAACAGGCGAAGGAAGCGACGACUACUUCCCGGUCCGAGACUGAUUCCCAGAGCGGUAGUUCUGCAUGA